AUGCAAACUUUUGCUAGUCCAUACGGCCAGUUUGCGUCUAAUCCUUUAACCGCAGCCAUGGCUGCUGCUGGUGCCACUUCUGGAAUGAUCCCUAACCUUAUGGCUCUGCCAGUUCUACCCAUGGCCAGCGCUGCCAUUGCAGCGAAUCCUAUUCUUUCAGCUUCUCUUUCUGGAACCCCUAAUAGCAUUAUUCGUUCCAAGCUUCCUCCUGCAACUCUUCAGUAUGUCAACCCCCAAAAGUUGCGUUCUGCUCAGAUGAUUGCCCAACCCUUGAUAGCAAAUCCUGCAUUGGCUACUCAAGCGAAAGUGAUUUCUGACGAUUUAUCCAGAUCCAAGGAUGAUCGUUCGAGGUCUCGGACUCGUUCGAGGUCUCGAUCUGAUUCUCAUUCCAGGCGCCGCUCGCGUUCUAGACGGAGAUCUCGCUCAAGAUCAAGGAGACGUUCCAGAUCUUCUUCUAGGCGGAAGCACCGUCGUCAUCGCUCCAAGUCUAGUUCAUCUUCUUCCUCUUCAAGACGUCGCCGCCACCGAUCACGAUCUUACCCUAGAAGUGGUGCUUCUAGGAAUAUAAGGGAAAAAGAACGAGAGCGAGACAAAGAUAAGGAGAGAUUCAAAGAAAAAGAAAAAAGGAAUAGGGAGAAGUUCAAAAUGAGAGAAAAGAUUAAGGAUGAGGAUCGUGAUGGUAGAUUUCAUCGUGAAAGUAGGCGGUCUCCACGAAAAGAUCAUUCUCCCGAUAAAGAUAGAAAGGAGAAAAUUGAUAGACCCUUGCAGUGUAAAAAACAAUCUGACGACACAAAUAAGCGGUCUAAGGUUGAGAAAAAACGGCCUUCCUCCCCAAUCAAAGAAGAAAAAUUUCCCAAACCUAAACAAUCGCGAACAUCUAGUAAGGAAAAGUCAGAGGAUGUGGCAAAGUUCAACAAACUGGUGGUUAAGUCUGGCGAAAAAAAGAAAUCAAAGACUUCUGUUUUCUUAGAUGCGCCAGUCGAAAUUAAGGAGCAUAUCAAAAGUGAGAAAGGAAAGUCUAUCUCUGAUGCUACGCAUCGACACAGCGAUUCUCAUCAUCCCAAGUCGGAACCACUCGCUUUACCUCACGCUAUUCCAAGGGAAUCUUGCGACAAGGCAAUUAUAACCAGAGCUAGUCCUGUGCAAGUCCCGAUAGAAUCUGGCCACAGAGCAGGAUCACGUCAGCGGAAUUCUGAGUCAAAAUCUGUUGAAAAGUGCAGUGGAACGCUUGCUGAUCUUGUUCGGGAUAAACAGAUUAGAUGUGUGAAAGUUAAAAAAGAUAAAGAUCAUAUCACAUCCUGCCAUGAUGAAGCUAAUCAGAUCCAUAACAGAGGUGCUGACAAUGAUGAUGAUAGUGGUGACGACGAUCCCAACGGGCUAGGUAGUAAUAGGCGCCAAAAUUCCGUAGACCAUGUGGCUCCCAAUGCCCCAAGCAGAAAAGAUUCUACAUGUGACUCUAAACCUACAGAAAAUGGUUCGCAAGACCCGAGAAUGCCUCCAGCUUCUACAGACUUUAACCAGCUUUCGACAGAUGAUGCGCCGCAAUUGUCUCCUUCCCUUAAGAUCUGUUCUGCUUCGAUUGAACCUCUGUCUCCUGUUCAUUCAACUUCCACGUCAUCUUCCAGGCGUCCUGAGGCAAAUUCUACUGAUGUUUUGCUAGCUCAUGAGUCUGCUCCCGCAGACUCAUUUAUCUUGGGGUCCGAUGAGGUGGAUAUGGAGCUCGGCUCUGAUUUGGACGAUAGUGAUGCUGGUAGCGAAGUUGGGGAUCUUCAAGAUGCCAGGGAAGCAAGUCCGUCUCAGGAAUCCCAUACUAACUCUAACCAUAAUAUAGGCGAGCUGCACUAUGAAACGCCUGCAGCAUGCCAGUCGAAUUACAUUGUCCCGUUGGAUAUUGCGUUUUCUAAUGAUGCCAAAUCUGUCAGCCCUGAUCGCUUUAAUCAUCUAGAUGAUCCGGUCAAUCUCCACGAGGGUGAAAGGGUUCCUUUAGAGUCAAAU